AUGUCUUUGCGUGUGCCAUCUCUGACAAUUACAGUCCUUCCACCCGAGACCUUACUCGAGAUAUUCACCUGGGGAAACGAGAUCGAAGUCCGUGAUCUAGCUUUUCGGCCUUUCGACUCGUUUAUGGACCCGUUUAUGGACCCUUCAUUUUCCAAGUUCUGUCUAUACGUCGCCAGCGUUUGUCGCUCAUGGAGGAACCUCGUCCUCACUACACCCAGUCUGUGGACCAACAUAGUCAUAACCAUCGACAACAUUGAGCAGGCCAAACUUUUCCUUGAACGCUCCUCUCCUUGUCCUAUCUCACUUCAAGUAUAUGCCACCUUGUUUCCCCAAGACAUCAUCUCCACCACAAUGCCCUAUUUUUCUCGCCUGCGAUCUCUCACGAUAAAGGCGCGCUCCCCUGAAGAAGCUGCCGUGUAUUCCGAUCUUUCCUCCAUGCCACUCUUGGAAGAAUUUUGUGUCAUCAUUCGUUCACGGCCGGGAGCAGAUCCAGAACGAGAUGAGUUAUUAUACAACCUCAUCCGGAAUGUCACUACAUUGCGCUCUUUGACCUUCAAAGGAAUACUGCCCCAGGAUUUCGAGUCCUUAUCCUGGGAAAACCUCAGUUUUCUCAAUAUCAGACGAUUUCAACCAACAUACACCCAGUUUCGAGACUUGUUCAGACGAGCCACGCGUCUUGAGACGCUAUACCUAUCCACAUUGGAGGGAGCUCCUGAUUUGACUGAUGAUCAUCAGGAGCGCCCUCCAAUUGAGGCGCCUUCCCUGAAAUAUUUUUCUGUCAGUUUCGGGCCAAGGCAUGACGGUACAGAGUGCCGAUGUCCUUUGUCGUUGUUGCUCUUGAAUAACUUGGAAACUCUGACCGUUAAUGGGAAUGGGGAGACUUCGUUUUCUCUGUCCAAUCAUUUCUCGGGCGGUCGUGCCUCGACCUCGUUCACAAAACUGUCCAAGAUGCGGCUCGUGUUUAUCAACCUGACUACGCAGGACGUCCACUUUUUCCGUGCUUUGAAUAACGUAUGCCGAUUGGAGCUUGAGAAUGUUGGGGGAGAGCUUUCAUUGAACAUAGCUGAGCCCUUUGAGGGUUUGAAACCUCUCCCUCUAUUGAAAUACGUUACUUUUCGCACGUUUGGCCGGGAGGAUCUUGGUUGGUUGAAAAAGCGGUGUGCAAUCCAAAUUUCUCAGCUUCUAGUCGAGGUCCCGAGAGCGCUUUAUUGCGACGACCUUGUAUCCUCUGCUCCCCCUCCUUUGACGUAUAGGCCUAUUGAUGAAGUCAACCCGCCAUAUUUCCCAUAUGACCAUGAUGACCCCUGGGGCACCGGAAUCAAUGAAGAAGCUGACGAUCUUGAGUACGAGGAUGAUGGGUUUGAAGAUUACGAUGAUCAUGAGGACUACGUGGACUACGACUACUACGAGAACUACGAAGACUAUGAGGACUAUGAAGAUGAAGAUUUCGUCGAAGGAAUUUACGGUGUGUAA